UGCAGCGUUACCCACCUCUAUAUCACUUGCAGCCCAUAUUGCAUUCUGGUGUUCAGAAUCUCCCCGCCAGUACUACCGAAAUUCGAUCCGAACAAUGACGUAUGACUCCGACGUUGAGGGCGGUGGUUCUGCAGACGAACGUUCACCGAUGCUAAGGAGCUCAUCUGAAGCUGCGAAACCUGCUGAGAACCAUUCAUCUUUAGGGAUGGUCUUGCACUUCUUCGGUGGUGGCAUCUACGCGCCUGAUGCAGCGACCUACGAUCCCAUUGAGAUCCUGCUCAACACUGAAGAUGCAAAAGAGAAGGACGAGCUUACCAUUAAAUGGAGAGACAAUAAACUCAGCGAGUUGAGCUUCAUUGGUGUUGUCGCUGCGCUCUUGGCAGGGGUGCUCACAUCGACAGGCAGCUGGCCUCAGGUGCUGCCCAGUGGACGUGAAUCACCGUGGCCCAUCAGGACAGCAUGGUACUGCGGCAUCAUCUUGUCACUGUUCAGUAUCUUGACGGCGGCUGAUCAGACCGUGCGACUCCAUCGCCUUUCCGCCCACCGCGACGGUCUGGAUGGCAUUCGAAGGCUGCUGGCUAAGACGAAUGGCGAACGAAAGUAUUCCAAGAAGACAGGUCGCCGAGCACCCAGUCUGCUUCAAGUCUUUACAUGGCAGAUGCCUGUCAUGUUUCUAACAACAGCUACAAUCAGUAUGAUCGUAGGCAUGUUUCUGCAUGUGUGGUCUGCUACGAGGCACCUUGAGACUUCAGAAUGGUGGGAUGACAACUCGAAGGUUGCUCUGACAUUCACAAUUGUAGCCCUUACCUCGAUUGCAUUAUUCUUCGCAGGUCAAAUCUCUUUUUACACACCAGAACAGCGUCGAGAAUGAGUCACGAAGACGUUCAACUGCACCUCGAGCACCAUGCAAACAGAAAAGCUAUACAGUCUCGAUCAAUCUGAGAGCAUUCUCUCAAAAUUUGAGGGGUGUAUCGCUCUCUAUGAAGUCUUUUGCCUGCUCACCGGCUAC